CGAUGUGUGUGCGGCGGUGUUUGGUGCUCUUUGUUUGGAUGAAUGUGGAGAGAACAGCUAGCAGCGUGACUACAGGAUGUUUAAGUCUUAAUAGUUCAGAAUAAUCAGUUUUAAAUUACGUUCAAUACUUCCAGCUUCAUGUGGGAGCAUAUCAUUUAAACGAACUGUUUUUAUUUACCUUUACUUUCUAUGUAUAUCAGCAACGUUAGCUGCUAGCAUCGCUGGUCGGUGCAAGUAAAUGUAGUUUUCCUAAAGCCGGAACUACAGAAUCCUCCUCUAGCUUCAGGUCCUGCUCCCCCGCAGGACGAACCGGUGCCGGACACCCUGGAGCUCCUCAGACCCCUACUGUACUGGGACCGGAAGGACCCGGCCGGCCUGGACCACAUCAAACCAUGCUGGUACUGGGACAAGAAGGACCUGGUCCACACUCCGUCCCAGGCUGAGGGUCUGGAUCCCGCCACCGAGGCCCGGUACCGCCGAGAGGGGGCCCGGUUCAUCUUCGACGCGGGGACUAGACUCGGCCUACACUAUGACACUCUGGCUACAGGCAUCGUUUACUUCCAUCGUUUCUACAUGUUUCACUCCUUCAAACAGUUCCCCAGAUAUGUAACAGGAGGAUGCUGCCUCUUCCUGGCAGGUAAAGUGGAGGAGACUCCAAAGAAGUGCAAAGACAUCAUAAAGACGGCACGCGGUUUGCUCAACGAUGUCCAGUUCGCUCAGUUUGGAGACGAUCCAAAGGAGGAGGUGAUGGUGUUGGAGCGCAUUCUGCUGCAGACCAUCAAGUUUGACCUGCAGGUGGAGCAUCCAUACCAGUUCCUGCUGCGCUAUGCCAAGCAGCUCAAAGGUGAUAAGAACAAGGUGCAGAAACUGGUUCAGAUGGCCUGGACCUUCGUCAAUGACAGUCUGUACACCAUGGUGGCCCUGCAGUGGGAGCCUCAGAUUAUCGCUGUAGCCGUCAUGUACCUGGCAGGUCGUCUCUCUAAAUUCGACCUCCAGGAAUGGACCUCCAAACAGACGAACCGCCGCUGGUGGGAGCAGUUUGUCCACGACGUACCUGUGGAGGUUCUAGAAGAUAUCUGCCAUCAGAUCCUUGAUUUGUACUCUCAGGCCAAGCAGCAGAUUCCUGAUGGAGGGAUGAGUGCUGGAGACACCCCCCUCCCCCCCUCCAUCCUGUCCCCCCCAGUCCCUCCCCCCACCAAGAAGACUUCCCCUCAGACCAGCCCUCGACCCCCCCGACCAGCACAGCCGUCUCCCAAAGAAGACAACAAAGUCAUCAAGCUCACUAAUCCAGAGCUGCCGCCUCCGCCUCCUCCACCUCCACCUCCUCCUCCUGUAUCUAUGAACACAGAUCUUAAACCCCCCUCCUCCUACCCUCCAGCCCCUGAGCCACCCUCUAAGCCACCACCCCCUCCUUUACCCCACUGCCCCCCUCCGCCCCCUCCCCCUCCUAAAGACCUGCCCCCUCCCUCCAGCUCUCUGCUGUCCAGUGAGGGUUACCAGACCAUCCAGUCCAUGAUGAACACCUCAAUACCUCAGGCCUGUGCACCACCCAUGAACUAUCACCACUACCCCCCGGGCACCACCACCUACAACGCCCCUCCUCUGUCAGUCUACAGCUACCUGCUGGGUCGCCCCCCUCGUCAUGGGGCUACCUCCUAG